AGUGCGUAUUUCCGGUUCCUAGUGUUGCGGGCAUUCGGGAAAUGUAGUGUACAUACGGAAUUCAUUUUAACCCAGCUCUUAGAUCAAAUGUUUAACUUUGUAAGCGUUCUUAUUAUACAGUUGUUUUACCUCAAAUACUAAAUAAUAUGAUUUGCCUCCACGUUCACUUAUCAGCAACAAUUCCGACUAAAGAGCAAAAAGGCGAGCAAUCGAUUACCGGAAGCUAUAUAUACAACACCACUGGCACAGAGCGAUGACAUUAGAAAUCUUGUGUUGACGUUCGUGUGAUCUAUCUAUCAUUGACCGAUUUGGUCGAUUAGAUUGAUGUACAUUGUCUGUCUAUCCGCGUAAGGUCACUAUGGGCAAGGGCUGCAAGGUUGUGGUUUGUGGUAUGGCAUCUGUGGGGAAAACAGCCAUCCUGGAGCAAUUACUAUAUGGGAGUCAUACUGUAGGUGCAGAAACGAGUGACACUCAGGAGGAUAUUUAUGUGGCCUCUGUUGAGACAGACCGUGGAGUGAGAGAGCAGUUACGCCUUUACGACACAAGAGGGCUGCGCGAGGGUCUUGAUUUACCCAAACACUUCUUCUCAGUGGCUGACGGUUUCGUGCUGGUCUACAGUGUAGACUGUCUUGAGUCAUUCAAAAAAGUGGAGGUCUUGAAGAAGGAGAUUGACAGGUCCAGAGAUAAAAAAGAGGUGAUGGUGAUGGUAUUGGGGAACAAGUGUGAGCUGCGGGAGCGUCGGCAGGUGGAUCAGGAUACGGCCCAGCAGUGGGCACGUGGGGAGAAAGUCAAACUCUGGGAGGUGACCGUGACAGACAGAAGCACUUUAAUCGAACCCUUCACCAGCCUCACUAGCCGCCUGACGCAGCCUCAAAGCAAGUCUGCCUUCCCUCUGCCGGGCCGCAAGAGCAAAGGAACCCCAUCUAAUGACAUCUGAACACCACACCAGAAGACUUGCACUGUAUUUGAGUGUCUGGGUUUCUUCCAGACUUCUAAGAAAAAGCUAAACUAGGAGUAGAUCUACUGUAGUCAACAUUUGAAGAGAAUCAAAAAGGGCAAGAAUGGGUGCUGUUCAAUAGUUUUAGCACAACUUUGAGGAAAUCCAUUUCCAUUUCAAAUGUUGACUGUGCUUAGUGGUGGAACACAAAAAGGUAGAAUAUACAGUGGAUUAGUUUGCUUGGCUCACUAAUUAAUUACAUUAUUCUUAAUAAAUUGGCUUCCUUUAUGUGAAAGAUCGUUUAUACUUAAAUUAUUUGUGGAUAAAAUUUAACCUGGACAUUAAAGUCAACAGUUCUAAGCAUCUUUACAUAAUGGAAAAUACAGAAUGAAACCAAUUGUUUUGUUUGUUCCAUAUCCAAUAGAUAAGAACAUCAACUGCACCCAAGCAGGAAUUGUACAUCACUCUUAGUUAGGAUAUGCAAACAUUGUGCUUUUGCCUAAAUAAGUGUCCUCCGGUUAUUUAGUUUUCAGUUUUUUUCUUUUUGGAGUUUCAAUGUGAACACUACAUGCACUGUUUGUUCUGAAGAAAGUCCACAAGUAUGAAUAUUUUAUUCACACAUAUGAUUUCAAGCACAAAACUAGAUAUACCUCUCGCUGUGGAUUAUUUGUGGCAGCAUCAUUUCAAAUGUUUUCCGGUUAUUAUAAAUGGACCUUCUUCAAAGUGCACUACACGAUUUAAAAUGUAGUCAUGAACGUAAAAAGGUGAAUGCAAAGUAUGAAUUUUAAAGCUU